AUGGCCUGUAACCAGUCGUCCAUCGAGACCUACGAAUACCUGCUGCCCAACGGGAGCCACGAGCGGGACUCCAGGGCGCCCCCACCGCCCGCCCCGCUCAGGAUGUCCCUGGCGGUCCUCAUGAUGCUGAUGGUCGUGGUGGGGUUCCUAGGCAACGCGGUGGUCUGCAUCAUCGUGUACCAGCGGCCGACCAUGCGCUCCGCCAUCAACCUGCUGCUGGCCACGCUGGCCUUCUCGGACAUCAUGCUCUGCCUGUGCUGCAUGCCCUUUACGGCCGUCACCCUCAUCACUGUCCACUGGCACUUCGGGGACUCCUUCUGCCGGCUCUCAGCUGCGCUCUACUGGUUCUUCGUCCUGGAGGGUGUGUCCAUCUUGCUCAUCGUCAGCGUGGACCGCUUCCUCAUCAUCGCGCAGCGCCAGGACCGGUUGAAUCCCCGCCGGGCCAAAGUGAUCAUCGCCGCGUCCUGGGCGCUGUCCUUCUGUGUCUCGGCGCCGGCGCUGGCCGGCUGGACGCUGGUGGAGGUGCCUGCGCGGGCCCCGCAGUGCGUGCUGGGCUUCACCGAGCUGCCGGCCGGCCGCGCCUACGUGCUGACUCUGGUGGGCGCCGCCUUCUUCGUUCCCUUCGCGGUGAUGCUCGGCGCCCACCUGGGCGUCCUGCACGCGGUGCGCAAGAACGCGGUGCGCGUGCACAACCAGUCCGACCGCCUGGACCUGCGCCGGCUGCCCCGCGCCUGCCUGCGGCGGCUCCGGCGGCAGCAGCAGCAGGCCAGCCUGGACCUGAGUUUCAAGACCAAGGCCUUCACCACCAUCUUGAUCCUCUUCGUGGGCUUCUCGCUGUGCUGGCUGCCGCACUCGGUGUACAGCCUGCUGUCCGUGUUCAGCCGGCGCUUCUACUGCGGCCCCUCUUUCUACGCCACCAGCUCCUGCGUGCUGGGGCUCAGCUACCUCAAGUCCGUCUUCAACCCCAUCGUCUACUGCUGGCGGAUCAAGAAGUUCCGCGAGGCCUGUCUGGAGCUGCUGCCCCCCACCUUCCAGAUCCUCCCCAAAGUGCCUGAGCGGAUCCGGAGGCGAAUCCAGCCGAGCACCGUGUACGCGUGCACAGAGAACCAGUCCGCGGUGUAG